AAGGGACCACGUGAUCGAAUUGGCCAAUUGGAAGGUUCGCGGUGCCGCGGUCACGUUGCACUCGGCGUGGCUCAGUGCCCCCUUGCUCUUGCAAACUGCCUCUCCUUUUCUAUACUUCUCUCCAAGUUGUACGUUGGCAUAUGCGAAGAACUCUGUUCUCUGUCCGAGUCGUAGUGUGAUUGCUUGUCUAGCAUUUUAACUUUUCUUUCAAAAACUCGAAUCUCGUGUGACAGCUCGCAACGAAAUAGGAUAGUGCAUAACAAUGCGACCUAUAUCGUAAUCUUUGCACAACAAAUACAACGUGAGUGCGGAACUGGUUUGCGAAACGCCUAGUCGAAAGUGUCUAUUUAAAUCGUGAUAAUUAAUUCAGUGCAAAUCGCGAAUGGUUAAGAAGAAACAAUUAUUGCAUUCAAAUAUAGAAUGUGCGUGUUUACAGAAGAUUUUUUUUCAUCGCGUCAGGUUGUGAAAAUCGUUGGCGCGCGUUGGCACAGUAGAAUUACGAGUAAUAAGUCAGCCUACGGAUGUGAUUACGCGUCAAGCAGCCGGGUAUCUUUCAGGCGUGACAAUUGUUGAUGACGUUUAAAGGGAAAUAGAAAGAGAAAAGGAAACUGAGUAAUGGAAGUUGAGGGUGAGGAAGAAUCGUGAAAAUAGAAAGGGUGGAAGAAUCGGUACUCGCCGCGAGGAGAUGGUGGCGGUGGUGCGAUAUGAAUCGACGACAGACGAUCCUCGAGAGACACGAGUUUUUUCUUUUCUAUAAACAGCGAGAAGUUUCAAUCGAGAGAAUAGUAGAUCGAUCGAGCUCGGUGCCGACCUUGAUGACCUAAAAAGCGGCUCUUCGUUCGGCAAAAUCGAUUCGUCAGGAUGACGGUACUCGGUGGCUAAGGGGUACACGUUGUUCGUUCAAGCUGGUGAUUUGAACAGAACCGUCUACCUAGGGGUGAAUCUUCUCAAUUGUUUCUCCUUCGGGAGAGAAGGAAGGAAGGAAGGAAGGAAGUUUCAGUUUGAGAGUAAACAAACAAACACGAUAUAAAUAAAGCAGUGCGAGGCGAAAGGAUCGUAAACCGGUGAUAGAGGGUUGGAAGAGAAGUCGGAAAUAGAAGAGCGGCGAAGGGUGAGAGACGGGUGGCGGAAGAUUGGGAAAAUAGAAACGGAAGAUGACAGGCAGUCGCAAUAGCGAAAUAGAUCCGGAAGUGACGGUACACGGGGAGGGUGGAAAGCAUACGGUUCAUUGGUUUCGAAAAGGUCUGAGACUUCACGACAACCCUUCGUUGAGGGAGGGUCUUGCCGGUGCCUCCACCUUUCGGUGCGUCUUCGUUUUGGACCCAUGGUUCGCCGGCAGUACCAACGUUGGCAUUAAUAAAUGGAGGUUUUUGCUGCAAUGUUUGGAGGAUCUGGAUUGCUCGCUGAGAAAAUUGAAUUCUAGACUGUUCGUGAUACGAGGACAACCAGCUGAUGCUCUGCCGAAAUUGUUCAAGGAAUGGGGCACGACGAACUUGACCUUCGAGGAGGAUCCAGAACCAUACGGACGUGUUCGAGAUCACAACAUAUCGGCGCUAUGCAAGGAACUCGGUAUCACGGUGGUCCAAAGGGUAUCGCAUACUCUCUACAAGUUGGACGAGAUCAUCGAGAAGAACGGAGGAAAGCCACCGUUGACGUAUCAUCAGUUUCAAAAUGUUGUCGCCAGUAUGGAUUCACCUGAACCGCCAGUACCGACGGUCACUUCCGUCUGCGUAGGCUCCGCCUAUACUCCGCUGAAGGAGGAUCACGACGAUCAUUACGGUGUUCCGACCCUCGAAGAACUUGGAUUCGACACGGAAGGAUUGUUACCACCUGUAUGGGUCGGGGGCGAGAGCGAAGCAUUGGCGCGUUUGGAACGUCAUCUGGAGAGGAAGGCUUGGGUGGCUAGUUUUGGAAGACCGAAAAUGACCCCGCAAUCUUUAUUACCCAGUCAAACGGGUCUUUCGCCUUACUUACGAUUCGGUUGUCUCAGCACCAGACUUUUUUACUAUCAGCUCACCGACUUGUAUAAAAAGAUUAAGAAAGCUGUACCACCGCUUUCGUUACACGGUCAGCUUUUGUGGCGAGAAUUCUUCUACUGCGCUGCGACGAAGAAUCCAAACUUCGAUCGGAUGCAAGGAAAUUCGAUUUGCGUUCAGAUACCCUGGGACAAGAACGUUGAAGCCCUUGCCAAAUGGGCGAACGGUCAAACAGGUUUUCCAUGGAUCGAUGCGAUCAUGACUCAGCUGAGGGAAGAAGGUUGGAUCCAUCACUUGGCUAGACAUGCUGUCGCUUGUUUCCUGACCAGAGGUGACCUUUGGAUCUCCUGGGAAGAAGGAAUGAAGGUAUUCGACGAACUUUUGCUGGACGCUGAUUGGUCGGUCAAUGCAGGAAUGUGGAUGUGGUUAUCGUGCAGCUCGUUUUUUCAACAAUUCUUCCAUUGUUAUUGUCCGGUAAGGUUUGGCAGGAAAGCCGAUCCAAACGGCGAUUACAUCAGGCGAUACCUGCCAGUCUUGAAAAAUUUUCCAACGAGAUACAUUCAUGAACCAUGGAACGCACCGCUCAGCGUGCAACGAACGGCGAAAUGUAUUAUCGGUAAGGAUUACUCGUUACCGAUGGUAAAUCAUAGCAAGAGCUCUAGGAUCAACAUCGAGAGAAUGAAGCAAGUCUAUCAGCAGUUGAACAAGUAUCGGGGGAAUGGAGCUUCCAUCAAGGGGGAGACAGUUGCAUUUGCGCUAGGUUUAUUGAACACGUUGCCACCGCCAGCGAUGAAGGAGAACGAGGAAGAAAAGAAGAAACAGGUGCAGUCUCCUCCACCUGCCGAGAAUCAACUGAAAAUGGAAACUCUUGCCAAUACGACCCAACAGCAUCACCAUCAGCAUCAAUAGUGGCAACUACGACCACGUUGUGCCGAUGAUCACGCGAUAAACUGGAGAGACAAUUGGUUUUAUUUAUCGUUAUUUAUUUUUUCUUCUCCUCUUUACGAAACCGCUACGGAUUAUCACGCGGAUAGAGACUUUUCUGUGUUGUUACUGGUUACAAUCAUCUUGCAAUUUAUACGAUGAACUUUGGAUAUUUUCGCAUAAGCACGUGUCGUAGCAAGAUACUUGUGUCAGCUACGUGACGAAAGAGUAAAAACGAUGGGAAUUUUAUAUUCUUAUUGCUGUACAUAAUACAUGUGCAUCAUAAAGAGAUUUUUCUGACCACUAUCGUCUCCGCUCCCUAAUGAUUUAUCGUGUGAAUAUACUCACCUUAAUAACAGUUUCCCUGUUUUAUCGACCAUUAAAUUAGCUAAAAGCAUCGUCGAAAAUAAAGGUAUGAUUAUAUUCUUUCUCCUUCUAAUCUGAUUAAUUAAUGCCGAUUAAUAAAACGAUUACGUUGGAUAUUUCGAUACAAAGAAAGAGAAGAGACACGAUUAUGAGUACCAAUCAUCAUUAUACUUCUCAUUAUAGUUUGAUAUUUUUCUUCGAAGUUCGAGCUAGAUCAUCGCUUAUCGGUAAAAGUGUAUUUUCAUUUUCCUACGACAAACAACAAUCAAAAGAAGGCUGUUUAAA